AUGCAUACAGCAUGGAAAAAUCGUCUUCAAGAGUAUUGUCAAAAACAGAAGAUUUCUUUGCCCAGUUAUCGAAUCCAAAACCAAUCCGGUCCACCGCAUAAUCAAAGAUUUAAGGUUGAGGUCGAAGUGAAUAACCAGUCUUAUACUAGUGUUGGUGAUUGUCUUUCAAAAAAAGAAGCCGAACAAUGUGCUGCUAAAGUAGCUUGGGAAGAUCUUACAGCCAGGGCUCCUGAAAUUAUUCCUCAAGGAGAACCCGAUCCAACCCCUUCGUAUGAGCAAGCAAUAGAUAAUGCGGUGAAAAAUCAUUUACCUGAGGAAUAUACUAGUGUCGAAGAAUAUAUCGAAACUAUGGUCAAAUCGAACGGUGGGCAUAUUCGUAAAAUAUCACCACCGAAUGCUUACGGGGAAUACAAAUUCGAAAUUAGCGGUUCAUAUCGAGAUUGUGAAAAUGUUGGAAGGCCUCAUAGGAAAAAUCAAAUUUAUUUCAUCGUUGAUCCUACUAAAAGAACUUAUUGGCAAAGAUGUCAUGAUCCUGACUGUUCUAAAUUCAAGUCAGCUGUCAAGAACAUUCCCAAUGAAUACAUAAUAUGUACGAACACGCAACACGAGUGCGACACAACGACGUCCACAUUGUCAAACCGAGCUAUCGAGUGA